UUGGGCACACCUCUGCAACGUGUCUUUAUGUUUUGUACUAGUAAUAGUUAUUUUUAUUUUAGCUGGCUGUGAAAAGCGGGAAAUUUCAAAGCAAAGUCGAAGAUCUGAAGGCAAAAGUAAAGAACAUUUGGAAAUAUCACAAUUCGUCACCAAGGGGAAAAUUUGAACGGGAACGGUGUAAAUCACUUUUGGCGAUUUCAAACUUAUUCUGCAGGCUAUUGGAGGAUACGUUGAUCAGAUAAUCGAUGACUUUGACGUCCUCGAUGCCAAGUUUGCUGAUUUGGACAAAAGAGCGGAUGAGCAUUAUGAAUGGCAUCGAGAAGAGAAACAAAAAUUCAAGAAAUAAUUACAUGUUAAAACUUCAAAAACAACAUUCUGUUAAAAGGUUGGGGCUAUCCUUAGGGGCUAUUCUUCAAAUUCUCACGGCUUCUGUUUUGAAGAUAAUGAUCUAA